AUCUUGAUUCUCGUAUUAUUGGAAAUUGGAGUUCAGCUCAAAUAGAUUUAUGUGAUUUUCAACUAAAACAUUUACUAAGAAUAAUAUUUGUCAACAAUGUCUGUCGAUGAAGAUAAUCAGUUACAUGAACUUGUUUCACAGACUUUGGAAUGCAAUGGAAUUCUAGCGAAAAUCAGAGCUGAGCUGAGAGCAAGUGUAUUUCUAGCUUUAGAAGACCAAGAUACCUUCAAGGAUAAACCGAACCUGACUAAUAAGGCGUUGGGAGAUUUUGUGAGUACAUCCGAAGGCGCUUUAGUCAUCUGCCUUGUAAGGGAGUUCUUACAAUUUUUUGGACUGGAAUUUACCAUGUCAGUUUUCGAUCCAGAGACUCAGUUGGGAAGAGAUUAUGAGUAUAUUGAGAGAGCAGAUCUGGCAAAACAUCUAAGGAUUAAGUCAGGUAAAAGUGCACCACUUCUAGCUCAAGUAGUCCAGAACGCAUGCAAAUUGAACAAUAGGAAUGGAUGCAACGAACAGUCUGAAAAUGGACAUCCAGAGAACAUGAACAAACAAGACAACAGAGUAUCUGAGGAUAAAGUUGGUACCAAAAUAUCUUCUUUAAAAAAAAUUGCGUCUGAGUCAGCCACUAAUGAACCGAGUGCUGUUGAGAAUGGUGCCAUUAACGGUCAUACCAAACAAAAACCUACCAAAGAUGGAGUCAGUUCGAGGCUCAGUAGCAGUGAAGUGAAAAGCAUGUCUUCGACUGGAACUCAGCAGACCGCUCGCAAGCCAGACACAUUGCAUUUGGACUUGAAUCAGACAAAUUGUCUGCCGAACUCGAAUAGUUCAUUGUGUUCUCUGGGUGGGCUGCCACCACUGGCUCCAAUCACAAAUGGUCAAACUGCAAAUCCGCUUCUCAGUCAAAAAGAUAUGUCAAACGACAUUAAAGCUAUACUCGAGCAAAGUCUUGAUUCACAGGAAAAUAACUACGAAGAAGAUUUCCAUUCGAAUGCAAGUGAGAGAGGUGCAAAAAAGGGCCAAAUUUCGGCCAGCAGUAGUGAGAUAGAGGAGGAGGAAAUGUCUUCAGCUGGAGAUGACCAAACAAGUAUAUCGGCAGCGGUUGAUGAAGGAACUGCAGACACAUCCAUAUCUCAAGAAAGUGGCCACGGAGAUUACCUGGAAAACGUAUAGCAAGAGUAACCAACUAACAAAAUGUGAUCUUCAAAGUUUAAGGGACUCAGGAAGUCUAUUGAUUGUUGAAUAUACUUCACAAAUACUUCUCAAGUUACUCUGUUUCCAGUAUAAUAAUUGCUGCUAUCUCACUAUUUUGUCAAUUUCAACUUUUUCUCUUUGUAUAAGGAUGCAUUUUCAUGAUUCAAGAACAUUACAGCUGCACUAUCUUGAGAUGUCUGUUUUUCAUGUAGAAUAUAACUAAAUCAUGCAUGAAAUGCACAAGAAAUUACAUUUGAUUAUUAAUGUAAGUAACAUCAGACUCUAAUGAACAAAAAUAAAUAUUGCAAUUAUUAGAGUAAUUGCUUUAAUGGCUUGAAGCAAUUCAUAGGUUUUAUAUACUUUUAAUAAUAUGCCAUAUUUUUAUAAUUUAAUUAAUUAUAGUCAAUUAAUUGUACAAUUAAUGAGUUUUAUAAAAUAAAUUACACAAUUAUAUUGAAACUAUAAUAAGUUAUGUGAAUAUUAAUAAGCUAGAUUUUUAUUUACCAUCUGGAUUUUGUAUUUUUCAAUAGGCCUAUUCAAUUUCUGAAUUGAUCCAUUUAGGAUACAUGUGCUUGAAGCAAUCAGAUUGUUUCAAUAUUUAUUCGAUUAUUUCUAAUUUUAUCAUAGUAGUUUAUUAUUGCAGUUUAUCAGUGCAAAACUAAGACUGAUGAAUAAUAUUUAGUAGAUAGGCUAUCAUUGUAGUUUUAGUUACUGGACAGAUUUUAGUGCCUUGAAUAAAAUAUAGUAUUAAGCGAUCUUAAAAUUUUAUUUUAAUCAUUAUUAUUUUGACACAGUUGAGAUUCAAUUUAGAAUUGAAAUAUAAUCUCUCCAAGAAUAGCAUUAAUUCACAAUCUCAAAAGUAAGAUUUAUUAAUUUUAUUACAAAGGAGCACAGAUCAGGAGAGGAAAGCCAAGGAUAUACCUUGUACUAUUCCUCUUCCAAAUUUAGAAAACAUCGAAAAAGUCCGAAAUAUGUCUAUGGUUUCACUUUUCUAAAAUUUAGUCCAUUUUCACUCAAAUACAAGUAAUUGUGAUUUUUCAUUCAGUAAUUUCCUUAAUCUAAAUUUUAACCUUAUCCUAAUACUUAAA